UCUAAAAUUCUAAAAAUUUCAAAUGGAGCAUCGAUAUCUCAUAUCCCUCGUCAGAAUCCCUUUUCUUUUUCUCAGUAGCACUACUUACUACCUUUUCCUUUUCUCAAUUACUCUUUCUUUUCUAUUUACUAGUUCUUCUUUUGACGUCUCCCCACAGCCGCUUUAUUUGCUGGCAUCUCCAAAAGCACUUCCAGUUUUUCCUCCGACCAACUCUCACCAAUAUACACCUUCAAUCCCCCAUCAACUUCAUCAUCAUCAAACAAUAAAACCCUAUAUUUUGCAGGGUACCAGAUUUCUUGGUUAAAUGGUGAACUUUGAUUAUGAUGAGCUUGUGAACGCAACAGGAAGCUUCUCUCCGACUUGGCUGGUCGGCAAAGGCAGCCAUGGAAUGGUCUACAAAGCCAUGCUACUCAACAAAAUUGUUGCCCUAAAGAAGCCAUUGCAACAUCGUGACAACUGCUCCAAGCUCGAAAACGAAAUAUGUGUGUUAUCGUCCUUACCCAAGAACCGGCAUGUUAUAAGCCUUCUUGGAACAAGCCAAGUUCACUCGAACAGCAUCAACAAGCUCAUUGUCAUGGAGUUCAUGCCCAAUGGCUCUCUCCAUGACCUACUUCAUGUUGCACCUACACCGCCUUCGUGGCCUAAACGUGUAGAAAUCGCCAUCCAAGUUGCCCGGGCGGUCCAAUUUCUUCACGAAGGGAAGCCUACGGUGAUCCACAGGGACAUCAAGUCUGAAAAUAUUUUGUUCGAUUCAGAUUGGAAUGCCAAGUUGGCGGAUUUUGGACUUGCCGUGCUGUUUGAUUUGCCGAGUCAAGUGAGUCAACCCGCUGCAGGAACUAUUGGAUAUUUGGACCCUUGUUACACCACUCCUAGCAAAUUAAGCACCAAAAGUGAUAUGUUUAGUUUUGGUGUUGUGUUGCUUGAGAUCAUUAGCUGCAGAAAAGUCAUCGAUGUUUAUAAGUCACCCGCUUCGAUAGUGGACUGGGCAGUUGCAUUAAUCGAAGAAGAGCGAAUCGAUGAGAUUUGUGAUGCAAGGAUAGGGGUUCCCGUAUACAUGUCAAGCACAAUAAGGCACAUUUUAUAUGUUGCAGCAAGUUGUGUAUCGUCCAAUGUAGAAAAUCGUCCGACGAUCGGAGAGAUUGUUAGGGAGAUGGAAAAUUCUGUUAUCGAACGAGUUAGGUUACCGAUUUGGAUCAAUAUGUUGAGGAACUUGGUACUCAUGAGGAGGAAGAAAAAGUUGGCAAAAAAUUUGCAGCAGGAAAAAUGUGCAACAGUACUAGAACAAAGUGAUGAUGGUGUUCGUGUCCCAAGUGGAAAGCUAUUGCUGUGGCAGGUAUUGGCUGAUGCUGAGAUGGAAUAGGAGGAAAGGUUGACAUGGUUUACCGGGUGAGUUGACUCGCUCCCACUCGUUGAGUAAGCAACUCGGGCGGGUGAGUCUUUCCAUGUGUGUAUGUAUUGAAGGUUUAGAAAACCUGCCGGGCAUGCACUCCAAUGUAAAGUGCAAAUAGAAGAUUCCCAAACAUUCGGUGGGCAGAGAAUAUCACGAUGUUCUUUUCUCGGUG